AUGGCGUACCGCGGACUUCACGCCUUGUCACAGCCAGCUUAUUUAGAGGACUUUAUAAACUCAGUUUCGAACCUUCCCCAGGAGUUACGCGACAAAUAUGGACGAAUGGGAGAGCUCGAUGCGCUCGUGCAGCGGUUGAAGAACGAAGCUGACGCGCUCGUUCGGGAGCUGCUGCGAAAGCCUGGCAGUUCAGACCCCGACCGAGGUCGCGACACCACUUCGCUGCAGCAAAUGGGAACAAAACUUGAGCAGCUGCAAGCUCAGUGUGUAAAGCUCAAUCAGGAGAAAUUGCAACUCGCCGAGACGGCGUACAACACGGUGGACCAGCACGUGCGAGACUUGGACACAAAACUGCGGGAAUAUGAGGCAUACCUGCGCCGGGAAGGCCAGUGGCCCGACGACCUUCAGAGCCUGGUUGUGAACACCGACCAUACGAAAAUGGCGUCGAUGAAGAACGCUGCUGCUGCUGCUGCGGCAGCACAUACUGCAGCGGCUCCUGCCACGACAGCGCGCUCGACGCAAAAGGCGCCCUCCAAAGGUCAACGCAAGAGUGGCGAACCAUCGACAUUGCAUAUCAUGGAUGAUAUGCCGAUCGAUCCGAAUGAACCGCGAUACUGCUACUGCCAGAAUGUCAGUUACGGGCAAAUGGUUGCUUGCGAGAGCGGCGACUGUCCAUACGAGUGGUUCCAUUUCGAAUGCGUCGGCCUCACUGAACCCCCGAAAGGCGAGUGGAUUUGUCCCGACUGCCGAGCCAGAACAGGUCGCGUUCGGUAG